CUCUCGCCGAGUCCUCUCCUCGCCACUUCCAUCUGGUCUACACCAACAAGAGGGGAGAGGGGAAGGAAGGAAGGAAGGAAGGAGAUCUCAAUUCCCGCUCCCCGCCCCACCAAUGGCGCCGUCGCCGCCGCUCCUCCUCCUCCUCCUCUUCCUGCUCCUGAUCCGGGCGUCCGCCGCCGCGCCCCCUUCCUACUCCGCCCACUGCGCCGCCCCGCCCGCCGUGCCGGACCUCCCCGCGGGCGCCGGCCACUCCUCCCCCGCCCCGGCCCCCGCGCUCCAGCUCUCCUCCGGCUACUUCUCGGGCGGCGGGGACCGCCUCUUCGGCCCGGACGCCGCCCGCCUCCCGCGCUCCUUCGCGCUGCUCCCCACCUCCGUCCUUCGCACCGCCGACGCCUCCAUCCUCCGCGUCUCCGCCACGCUCUCCUUCUCCGGCGGCGGCCGCCGCCGCGUCUGGCCUCCCCAAGGCGGCCGCAACCGCCGCCUCUUCGACUACGACGGCCAGUCGCACCGCUUCCGCCCGCGCCUCCCGCGCUUCGUCGGCCGCCGCGGCUCCCUCGUCUUCGACCUCGACGGCUACUACUCCUCCGCCACCGGGGACCUCUGCAUGGUCGGCUCGGGCUCCGGCCGCGCCGCCGACGGGCGCCCUGUCGCCCUCCUCCCCGCCGUGCUCCGCCUCCGCUUCCCCAGCCCCGCCAACCUCACCAGCCCCUUCGUCACCGGCCAUCUCCAGAGCACCGGCCCCGGCCCUGGCCUGUCCUUCGACCCCGUCUCGCUCCUCGCCUACGCCGAGGAGGGGUACGCCUACGCCGAGAGCGCCUCUUGCCCUCGCCCGCCCGCCGACGGCCGCGACGUCCGCCAGCUGUUCGGCGGGAGGGACUUCACGUGCCCCGGCCUCAUGUCGCUGCUCAAGUCCGGGUUUAGGCUGGACUACGGCAACGGCGGCAUGUCGGCCGCCUCCUCGCUGGGGAUUCAUCAGACGUACAUGUUCGUCAACAGGGUGCACUGCUCGGCCGACGGCGCUGUGCGUGCCUAUGUGGCCUUCUCCAACACGUCAGAUUUGUCCAAGUUUUACUUGAUGGUCACCGAGAAGGCGAUUGUGGCAGAGGGUUUCUGGGAUCAGAAUGCUAACCGGCUUUGUCUGAAAGGAUGCCAUGUCGUAAACUCAGGAUCAUCCCGUGCAGAAUUGGCGGUCGGCGAGUGUGGGAUUGGGAUGACCUUCUGGUUCCCUGGAGUGUGGUCGAUCCAGGAGCGGAGCUUUUCUGCAGGGUCGGUCUGGAACACCAGCCUCAAAGGCGACGAGGGCAUUGCCGGAUAUUCAACUGCAAUCAGGGGUAACUUUGCCGGUUUGAAGUACAACUACACUAAGGUUGAUGAGGCAAUCAAGUAUUACAAGCAGUAUGGCCUGAACAAGAAGAGGAAGGGCAAGUUCCCAGAUAGCAACACGUAUCUAGACUUGGUGUUCCGGUUCCACUUGAAGAAAGGAGGUGGUUCUGGAUACGCGUCACCGAUCACAAUCGGGUCAGUGUUCUCUGAUGGGUACUCUUUUGUGCUCUCAAACCUUUCCACUCGCCCUGCAGUGCUGGAGAAGGAGAGGCUACUUAAGGUCAGCUAUAAUAUCCGCUAUGUUGGGAAUUGGUCACUAGAAACAUUUCAGCGUCAGCAUAUUUCGGCGGAAGGUGUCUAUGACACCGAGACAGGCUCCUUGUGCCUGAUCGCGUGUCGGGGGGCUAAUGUCUCCUCCUCAGACUGUAAGAUUCUGAUAACUGCUCGCUUUGCUAGUUUGGACUCGAAAGCAACACAGCAUGUUCAGGGGGAAAUUAGAAGCUUGAGGGACAAGGCUGAUCCUCUUUUCUUUGAAACACUGGAAAUUUCUUCAUAUGGGAUGUACAUAGGCCAAGUGGAAGACUCAAUAUGGAGAAUGGACUUGGAAAGCACCAUGGCCCUGAUCUCAAUGACGUUAUCGUGUGCUUUCAUUGCUGUGCAGCUGUUCCAUGUCAAGAAGGUCCCUGAAGCGCUUCCUGCCAUGUCGAUCACUAUGCUUGUCGUGCUCGCUCUGGGUUACAUGACUCCUCUCGUGCUCAACUUUGAGGCUCUUUUCAAGCACAGCAACAAACAGCCUGUUCUGUUCUCGGGUGGUGGUUGGCUUGAGGUGAAUGAGGUCAUGGUGCGGAUCAUCACAAUGGCGACGUUUCUGCUGCAGCUGCGCCUUCUUCAGUUGGCAUGGUCUGCGCGGUCUUCUGUGGAUGGAAACAAACAUGAGGCAUGGGCUGCAGAGAGGAAAGUGCUCUGGAUAUGCUUGCCGCUGUACAUCAUAGGUGGAGUAGUAACUUUGGUCGUCCACAUGAUGACCAACCACAGCAGUAGAAGGAUGCUGAGGCAAGUUGCCCGCUUAAUGCCGCCACGACAUACAUUCUGGGAGGACAUUGUCCCUUACGGGGGCUUAAUGCUCGACGGGUUCUUGCUCCCACAGGUCAUCUUGAAUGCAUUCUCAGCCUCCAAAGUCAGAGCCCUUUCCCCACUGUUUUACAUUGGAGGCACCAUGCUGCGAGCGCUGCCUCACGCGUACGAUGCGUACAGGACUCAUCACUUUGUGCGCAGCAUGAGGCCAUCUUACAUGUACGCAAGCUCUCGUGACGACCUCUUCAGCCUCGCAUGGGACAUCGUCAUACCUUGUGGUGCGAUCCUGCUGGCGACGCUCCUGUUCUUUCAGCAGUGGCUCGGGGGCGCCUUCUUCCUCUGCUCCAAGAGCAGGAAGCCGUCGAGCGAAUACGAGAUGGUUUCCACGGUCAGCUCUUAGCAAGUUCCUACAGCUUCGUCGCAAGAUGAUUAAAUGAAUGUAGAGGAGGGGUUUACAUAUAGAUUGAGGCAUAUUGUUUUUCCUGUUUCCUGAUGGAUGAAUAUCUACCUUACAUUUGCGGCCUGUUUGGGGUGAAAACUUAUACAUACAUGCAUGUAUACGGCAGAAGGAAACAAAGAUCAGGCAAGGUUCGCAGUUCCUUUUCC